AUGGGUUACCUGAAGCUGCUGCUGCUGGAGAACUUCAAGUCAUGGCGGGGGCGGCAGAGCAUCGGCCCUUUCAUGAGAUUCAACUGCAUCAUUGGGCCCAACGGAUCAGGAAAAUCAAACAUAAUGGAUGCCCUUAGUUUUGUAAUGGGUGAAAGAACAGCAAAUUUAAGAGUAAAAAGUGUUCGAGAACUUAUUCAUGGAGCACACGUUGGAAAGCCAUUUUCCUCUACUGCAAGUGUGAAAAUAGUGUACUGUGAAGAGAAUGGAGAAGAGAAAACAUUUUCAAGAAUUAUUCGAGGUAGUUGUUCUGAGUUUCUUUUCAAUGAUAAAGCUGUUAGCCGAUCUGUUUACACAGCAGAGCUUGAAAAAAUAGGCAUAAUUGUCAAAGCAAGGAACUGCAUGGUUUUUCAGGGAGCAGUAGAGUCAAUUGCAAUGAAGAAGCCCAAGGAGAGAACCCAGCUUUUUGAACAGAUUAGUAAUUCAUGUGAGUUUGCUGAGGAAUAUGAGAGAAAGAAGAAGAAAAUGCAACAGGCAGAGGGGGAUGCGCAGUUUAAUUAUAACAAGAAAAAACAUGUGGCAGUAGAACGCAAGCAUGCAAAGUUAGAGAAAGAGGAGGCAGAGCGUUACCAGAUGCUGCUUGAAGAGCUGAAAGAAAACAGGAUACAGCUGCAACUUUUCCGACUUUAUCACAAUGAGAAAAAAAUUGACUUUUUGAACAACAAAUUGGAUGAAAAGAACAUGGAUGUGAAUACCAAGGAAGACUCCCUUUCUUCUGCUGAAGACACAUUUAAAGCUAAGAAAAAAGUGCUUGGAAUAUUAAAUAGAGACCAACAACACAUGGAAAAAGAAAUGAAAACCCUAGAAGCGUCAUUGAAUCAGAAAAGGCCUCAGUAUAUUAAAGCAAAGGAGAACACUUCUCACCAAAUCAAGAAAGUAGAUAUGGCUAAGAAAUCCUUAAAAGAUAAUGAGAAACACCUUGCUAAACAAGAGGAAAACAUAAAAGAAUUGGACACUGAGCUGACUGAUGUUGAGAGAAGUUGGAGAGCAUAUGAAAAGAAGGUUGAAGAGGAGAUGUUACAGAGAAGAGCAGAUGUUGAGCUGGAAGCAAGUCAACUGGAUCGGUAUAAAGAGCUAAAAGAACUAGCGAGAAAGAAAGUAGCUACAUUGACCCAGCAACUAGAAAAACUGCAGUGGGAACAAAAAGCAGAUCUAGAAAGGAUGACAUUUGAUGAGAGGAAGCAAAAAGAAAUUGAGGAAAGUAUAAAGCAAGUUGUGGAACAGAUAGAAGACCACAAAAAACGAAUUGAGAAGUUGGAGGACUAUACCAAGUCAUGCACUGAAUUGUUAGCAGAGAAAAAACAACAGGAGAAGGUCCUAACUGAUGAAAUGGAGAAUUCAAGGGUACAGAUAGCUCAAGUAAAUGAAGAACUAAACAAAAUAGUUGGUGAGCUGCAGAAUGCUAGAAUUGACUACCAUGAAGGAAGACGCCAGCAAAUGAGAGCAGAGAUACUGGAGAGUCUCAAAAGACUUUAUCCUGAUUCUGUGUUUGGAAGACUGCUUGACUUGUGUCAUCCUAUCCAUAAAAAAUAUCAGCUGGCUGUUACCAAAGUCUUCGGCAAGUACAUGAGUGCCAUUGUUGUGGCUACUGAAAAAAUAGCAAGGGAUUGCAUUCGAUUCCUAAAGGAGGAAAGAGCUGAGCCUGAAACAUUUCUUGCUUUGGAUUACCUUGAUAUUAAGCCCAUCAAUGAAAAAUUAAGGGAGAUAAAAGGAUCUAAAAUGAUGAUUGAUGUUGUACAGACUCCAUUUACACCCCUGAAAAAAGUGAUUCAGUUUGUAUGUGGGAAUGGUCUGGUCUGUGAAACUGUUAAAGAAGCAAGACAGAUAGCAUUUGAUGGACCAGUGAGGUUGAAAACAGUCUCUCUUGAUGGAACUUUAUUUUUGAAAUCUGGAGUUAUCUCUGGAGGGUCAAGUGACUUGAAAUUUAAAGCUAGAUACUGGGAUGAAAAAGAGAUGAAAGAAAUGAAAGAAAGAAGGGAUAGGUUGGUUAAUGAACUAAAGGAAUUAAUGAAGAUCAAACGUAAGGAGACUGACUUGAAACAGUUACAGGCACAGUGCCAGGGAACUCAGACUCGGCUCAAAUAUUCGCAGAGCGAAUUAGAGAAUAUUAAAAAGAAACACCUUGCUAAUUUCUACAAGGAAAAAUCUAAGCUGGAAAGUGAGUUAGUAAAUAUUAAAUCACAAUACGCUAUGCUGAAUGAAGGACUUUUACAAAGAACAGAGAAAAUUGAAGAGUUUCAAAAGAAAAUGAAUGAGGUUGAAGAUGCUGUAUUCCAGGACUUCUGUGAAGAAAUUGGGGUAGAGAAUAUUCGUGUAUUUGAGCAAGAACGUGUGAAACAGCAGGAAGAAACUGACCGAAAAAGACUGGAGUUUGAAAACCAGAAGACACGACUGAGCAUUCAGCUUGAAUACAGUCGUGGCCAGCUACAAAAGUUAGUGAACAAGAUCCACAUGUUGAAGGAGACAAUUCGUAAGGAUGAGGCUGAGAUUGUCAGGCUAAAGAAGGCUGAGGAAGAAUUUCUACUAAUGGUGAAUGAAAUAAUGGAGGAACAACAGCAUCUUAAGGAUAGAUUAAUAACUCUCAAAACUGAGGUUACAAAAGCCCAAAAUGAAGUUGAGGAAUCAAGGAAGAAAUUAUUAACCCUUAAUAGGGAAAUGGGUAAGUUACAAAAGGAAGCUAUAUCUAUUGAAACCUCUCUGGAACAGAAAAGAUUAGAGAGACAUAAUAUGCUUCUUGAAUGCAAGGUCCAAGACUUGAGAAUUUCUCUCUUAUUGGGAUCACUGGAUGAAAUCAGUGAAGAACAAGGUGGAGAACUUGGAGGGGAACCCACAGAAAGCACUGAGGCUACUGCAGAUAUUUAUGAAAGAGAGAGAGCAAUUCAGAUAGACUACAGCAGUCUAACAGAUGAUCUAACGGACCUACAGUCUGAUAAAGAGAUUGAGGCUCAUCUGACACGAUUGCAGCAGCAAAUAGUAUCCAAAGAAAAUGUUUUAUUCAAAACAGCUGCACCAAACCUAAGAGCACUGGAGAAAUUGCAGACUGCUAAGGACAAGUUCCAAGAAUCAGUAGAUGCUUUUGAGGCCAGCAGAAGGGAAGCCAGGAUAUGUAGGCAAGAAUUUGAACAGAUGAAAAAAAGAAGAUAUGAGCGUUUCAGCCAGUGUUUUGAGCAUGUCUCAGUAGCUAUCGAUCAGAUCUACAAGAAACUCUGCAGAAACAGUUGUGCUCAGGCAUUUCUCAGUCCCGAGAAUCCUGAGGAACCAUAUCUAGAAGGCAUUAGCUAUAACUGUGUGGCUCCUGGAAAACGCUUUAUGCCAAUGGACAACUUGUCAGGAGGUGAAAAAUCUGUGGCAGCACUGGCUCUUGUGUUUGCAAUACACAGUUUCCGCCCUGCCCCUUUCUUUAUUUUGGAUGAAGUGGAUGCUGCACUGGAUAACACAAACAUUGGCAAAGUAUCAAGCUUCAUCAAAGAGCAGGCACAGGAACAGUGUCAGAUGAUAGUUAUUUCUCUAAAGGAGGAGUUUUAUUCCAGAGCAGAUGCAUUAAUUGGAGUCUGUCCAGAGCAAGAUGAUUACAUGUUUAGUCAGGUACUGACUCUGGAUCUUACUGUGUAUCCAGACGUUGAUGACAGUGAACGAAAAGAGAAGCACAGAUACAGUUCCACACUGGAAUAAAACAUGAAAGUUUCAGGGCCAUCUGUGAAUAACAAAAUUGUGAUUUCUACAGCCACCUUUAUGACAAGUUUGUAAGCUUUUUGAAUAUUGCUUUUAAAUAUUCUUAUACAGAAGUCAAAGAAUAUAGCUUCGUAACCCACAAAACCAUUUCUUAGAAUUUGGAGACGAAUAAAUGAUUGUAUUAUUUGGCCUAGUUUUGUUUAGGGUUUUAUGGGGUACAUGUUCCUGUUGCGUUACAAAUUCAAAAUACGCUUUUGAAAGACAUUACUGAAAUUGCUAAAUUCUAGUGACUAGUGCCUAAUCUCUUUAAGUAUGUUCUUGUUGGUUAGCAUUAAGAUAAACUAUGAAGUCCCAUUAAUAUAAAAACUGAUGAAUGAUGAGUGACUUUUUGAAUAUGGAUGCUAUGUUAAAUUCAUAUGACUGCUGUCAAAAAAUGCAAACCUCAUCUGUUAAAUGUAACUUUUCAGUGUUAAACUAUUGAGAAUUAAAAUGUUGGAAAAAAUCUUGAAAUGUAUAGCAUUUUUUACUUUUUAUCAGGAAGAUUCUCACUACAAGGUUUCAGAUGUGGUUAGGUUAAAUAUAAAGAUACAAGUUCUAGGAGCUUAAUUUUUUUUAAAUUGUAUAUAUUCAAAGAGCUACUAUAGGGAAGGAGACGUUAUAUUCUGUUUCCAACACUUGUAAAAGACCAAUCUUACAUUUCUCCUGAAAUUGAAUCCAGAGCUUCCUGGUGCCAUGUUCUGUAAGGCUCAGAAACUGAUGAAAGAGGCUAGCUCCAUAUUACAUGACCAUGUUUGCGCGUCAUUGCCAAGCCACAAAGAGGUGUACAGCUUCCCCUCUCCCCCAGUCAAAACUGUUCCUUGGUGGGUUUUUCCCCCUGCCUUUUAGCAAACAGCCAGCCAGCACAGAUGGCAGACAAGGUAU